AUGGAUUAUGAUCCAUAUAAAACACAGACAUCAAAUUUUGUUGACCUUCUCAAUAGUCAACAGGACGUUGUGUUUGGUUUAGGGAAAGAUAGUGUCCGUGUUUCUUCAUCACAGAUUCCUGUAGAGCGUAAAGAAAGAAGAACAUGGACGCCUACAGACGAUCAAGUGCUCAUAUCCUCUUGGUUAAACACAAGUAAAGAUCCGGUGGUAGGGAACGAGCAACGAUCCAGAGCUUUUUGGCAGAGAAUUGCCGCGUACUUCGCAGCAUCACCAAAGAUUAUAGUUAGUGAAAGAAGGGAGGCCGGUCACUGCAAGCAACGUUGGCACAAGAUCAAUGAUCUUGUUGGGAAGUUCUGUGGCGCGUUCAAAGCUGCAAGCAGAGAGAGAACCAGUGGGCAAAACGAUAACGACGUUCUCAAGCUAGCGCAUGAGAUCUUCUUCAACAACCGAAACAAGAAGUUCACUCUAGAACAUGCGUGGAAGGAGCUUCGGAACGAUCAGAAAUGGUGUGACCUGUCAACUUCUAAAACGGAGAGUGGCUGUAAAAAGAGGAAGCUUGACGACAGCGCACAAUCAGCAACCUCUCACGCCUCUGAAUCCAUGACCGAUCGUCCCCUGGGUGUUAAGUCAGCUAAGGCCAAUGGUAAGAAGAGAAAGGCAGAGGAAAGGUUGUCUGAGUUUGCGGGUAUGUGGAGCAUCAAGAAGGAGGAUAUGGCUAUCAAGGAAAGGUUGUCGAAGAUGAAGCUCCUUGAUAGGCUACUUGCAAAAGUUGAGCCGCUUGAUGAGUAUGAAGAAACCUUGAAACAUAAACUCAUCAAUGAGUUGGUUGUAUGCAUGAAGGAGUCAGUCUUCUGA